CGGAGGGGACGCCGAAAGAGCCGGUUGCUGUCCGCGGCUCGGCGCGGCUUAGCCGCAGCAUGGCGGAGCAGGGCUUGGAGAUGGCGUCUAUGAUCCCGGCGCUUCGGGAACUGGGCAGUACCAGGCCAGAGGACUAUAACACCGUUGUGCAGAAGCCAAGACAAAUUCUGUGUCAGUUUAUUGACCGAAUACUUACAGAUGUAAAUGUUGUUGCUCUAGAACUUGUGAAGAAAACUGACUCUCAGCCAAGUUCUGUGAUGCUACUUGAUUUCAUCCAGCAUAUCAUGAAAUCUUUCCCGCUUAUGUUUGUAAAUGUCUGUGGAAGCCAUCAACAAAAGGAGGCUGAAAAUAGUUGUCUUGAAUUCAGUCACUGGAUUAUGACAAGACUUUUUCGAAUUGCUGCGACUCCAUCCUGUCAUCUGUUACACAAGAACAUCUGUGAAGUCAUCUGCUCGUUGUUGUUUCUUUAUAAAAGCAAGAGUUCAGCAAUUUUUGGGGUGCUAACAAGAGAAUUAUUACAUCUUUUUGAGGAUCUUAUUUAUCUUCACAAAAGAAAUGAGAUGGGACAAACCAUAGAAUGGCCAGUGAUAGUGAACAGAUUUUUAAGUAACCUAGAUAAACGCGUGGGAUAUUUGCAGUCUGCUCCUCUGCAGUUACUGAGCGUGCAAAAUGUAGAGUUUAUUGAAGCUGCGUUAUUAACAAUUCUCAAUGACAUUAUUGCCAUUGUGUUUUUUAGAAGACAGGAACUUUUACUUUGGGGCAUAGGCUGUUCUCUGCUAAAGUAUGGCAGUCCUAACGUUAAGGCCUUAGCAAUUUGUCUUCUGACCAGGCUUUUUGAACUUGGAGGGCUACCGGAACAAUCAGCAAACACUUUUUUCAGCUCAUUUUUUGACUUGCUAAAAAGUGUUGUAGAAAUGGAUGCAGAUCAACUAAAACUUUAUGAAGAACCCUUAUCACAGUUGAUGACGUUGAUGUUCCCCUUUGAAGCAGAGGCUCAUAGAAAUAUGGAGCCUGUGUAUUUGAGUAUGUUACUGGAGAGACUCUGGCUCCUGUUUGAAGCAGGGGCACUUGUGAAGCUUAAGUCUGAAUUGCUGAAAUCUGCUUUGUGCCACUUGCUGCAAUAUUUCCUUAGAUUCGUGCCAGCAGGGUAUGAAUCUGCCUUACAGAUCAGGAAAACCUACGUAAGCAGCAUUUGUAGAGUUUUUGUGGAUACACUUGGAGCUCAGGUGGAAGGAGAGUAUUUGUUGGGCUCACUUUAUGCAGCAUUAAAGCUUGAAAGUAUCGAAAUCUUUGAGCAGUUCCAAUGUGAAACCCAGCAAGAUAUUCCUUUUAAUGAUGAAUGGAGCAGCUGUGGUGGUGGAAUACCACGAAAAAGACAGCGACUAAGUUUAUCAUCAAAACAUUUCUCUAACUCAGCAGGACAGGCAGAAGAAAUUAAGCAUGUGGACAUGAAUGAAAAGAACAUGUUGUGGAAUGCACUGAUCAAGAAAGCUGAAUCUCUUCUCAUUCUACUUGAGCAAAAUAGUAUGGAAAACCCCAUCAUUCAGACAUUAGAAGGAAUUGUUGUCAUUUUGCAGCUGACUGCUCUGUGUACUGUUCACUGUUCUCAGCAAAUCCUGGACCGCAGCCUUAAUUAUAAAGUCACUCCCCAUAAACAUAAGAUGAGGUCUUCAGACUUAGUAAUCAAUGUACAAAUAACCUGGCUGUCUCUGGAUUUUGUCACAAGAGUGCUUAAGAUAUGUAGAAAUUUAUUAGAAUCUGUUCAGAAGCCUAAUCUGGAACCACUGAUUGAUAGAGUGCUGAAAAUAUUUGAUGCUUUGUUUUAUAUGCAAGUAAAAAUACCAUUUGAAGAUAAGAUUCUGGAGGAUUUGUGUGGAAUGUUAUCACUUCCAUGGAUUUAUAGCCAUUCUGAAGACCCUUCUUUAAAGCUGACCACAUUUGGCACUGAUCUUCUAGCCCUGAGCCAAAGUAUUUCAGACAGUUUCUCACCCCAGGCACAGUCACAGUGUGUAUACCUUCUGACUUUGUUCCCAAGAAGUAUUUAUCUUGAAUGGAGAACAGCAGUAUAUUAUUGGGCACUGCAAAGCUCCGAUGAAAUAAUUCGUGCUAAUUGUGUUAGAGGAUUCUCUAUCUUGUUGCAUCAACGGAGUAAAAAUUCUUACAAAAGAGUUCCCAAGAUUCUCAUAGAUAAAGUCAAAGAUGAUCUUGGUGCUGUCAAGAAAGAAUUUGCCACUAUACUUGGACAGCUAAUUUGUUCUCUUUGUGGCUCAUUUGAGUUGAAGAGUCCUCUAACAGAACCUCUCUCUGAGGAUGGAAAUGUUGGUAUCUUCUGUAAGAACCUCACAGUUGCUUCUGAUUGUGAACAGUCAUUUUCUCUACUGAAAGCUUCUAUUUGCAAACCAGUCCUUUUCUUGCUGAAAAAAAAAGUGCCCAGUCCAGUAAAGUUAGCAUUCAUAGAUAAUCUGCCUCAUCUUUGUAAGCACCUCAAUUUUCGGGAAGAUGAAGCAGAUGUAAAAAUAGUCCUUGGCACUUUAUUAAAUUUAAUGGAGGACCCAGACAAAGAUGUGAGAAUGGCUUUCAGUGGAAACAUCAGAUAUAUAUUGGAAUCCUUGGACUCUGAAGAUGGAUUUAUAAAAGAGCUUUUUGUCUUGAGAAUGAGAGAGGCAUAUACCCAUGCUCAAAUAUCAAGAAAUAAUGAGUUGAAGGAUACCUUGAUUCUUACAACAGGGGAUAUUGGAAGGGCAGCAAAAGGGGAUUUGGUGCCUUUUGCACUCCUGCACCUAUUGCAUUGUUUGUUGUCCAAAUCACCAUCUAUUUCUGGAGCAGCGUACACAGAAAUCAGAGCACUAGCUGCGGCCAAAUGUGUGAAACUGCAGACAUUCUUCAGCCAGUACAAGAAACCUAUUUGCCAGUUUUUGGUGGAAUCCCUCCAUUCCAGCCAGAAGACAGCACUCCCCAACACUCCAUGUCAGAAUACUGAGAUGAGAAAGCAAGAUGUUACUCGCCAGCAGGAAAUGACACGAAAUAUCUUAUCUGAAAUUUCCAAUGUUUUUGAUUUUACUGAUAGUAAUCUGUUCCUUACUAGGACAUUACAAGUUCUGUUACCUGACCUUGCUGCCAAAGCAAGUCCAGCAGCCUCUGCCCUCAUUCGAACAAUAGGAAAACAACUAAAUGUAAACCGUAGAGAGAUAUUAAUAAAUAACUUCAAAUACAUCUUUUCCCACUUGGUCUGUUCUUGCUCCAAAGAUGAACUGGAACGUGCACUUCAUUACCUCCAGAAUGAAACAGAGAUUGAAUUGGGUAGUUUGCUGAGACAAGAUUUUCAAGGAUUACAUAAUGAGCUACUGUUGCGCAUUGGAGAACACUAUCAACAGGUUUUCAAUGGUUUGUCAAUACUGGCUUCAUUUGCCUCCAGUGAGGAUCCAUAUCAGGGCCCAAAAGACAUUACAUCACCAGAACUAAUGGCUGAUUAUCUACAACCUAAGCUCUUGGGCAUAUUGGCCUUUUUUAACAUGCAGUUAUUAAGUUCCAGUGUUGGCCUUGAAGAUAAGAAAAUGGCCUUGAACAGUUUGAUGUCAUUAAUGAAGCUGAUGGGACCCAAGCAUAUCAGUUCUGUGAGAGUAAAGAUGAUGACCACAUUGAGGACUGGACUCCGAUUUAAGGAUGACUUUCCAGAACUAUGCUGCAGAGCUUGGGACUGCUUUGUUCGUUGCUUGGACCAUGCUUACCUAGGCUCCCUUCUGAGUCAUGUGAUAGUAGCUUUGCUGCCUCUCAUACAUAUCCAGCCAAAGGAAACGUCUGCUGUCUUUCACUUCCUCAUAGUUGAUAACAGGGAUGCUGUACAAGACUUCCUACAUGAAAUAUAUUUUCUGCCUGAUCAUCCAGAACUGGAAAAGAUAAAAACAACCCUCCACGAAUACAGGAAGGAGACCUCUGAGAGCACUGAUCUACAGACAACGCUACAGCAGUCCAUGAAAGCAAUUCAACAUGAGAACGUAGAUGUCCGUAUCCAUGCUCUUACUAGCCUAAAGGAAACUCUGUAUAAAAAUCAGGUUAAAUUAAUAAAAUAUGCUACAGAUAGUGAAACAGUAGAGCCUAUUAUCUCAAAACUGGUGACAGUACUUUUGAAAGGUUGCCAAGAUGCAAAUUCCCAAGCUCGAUUACUUUGUGGAGAGUGUUUAGGGGAAUUAGGUGCCAUAGAUCCUGGUCGUCUGGACUUCUCCACAGGCGAAACUCAAGGAAAGGAUGUUACAUUUGUGACUGGAGUGGAGGAUUCAAAUUUUGCAUAUGGAUUGUUGAUGGAAUUAACCAGAGCAUUCCUUGCAUAUGCUGAUAAUGUCCGUGCUCAGGAUUCAGCUGCCUAUGCCAUUCAAGAGUUGCUUUCCAUUUAUGAAUGCAGAGAAAUGGAGACUGAUGGUCCAGGCCACCGACUCUGGAGGAGAUUCCCUGAACAUAUUCGGGAAAUUUUGGAGCCACAUCUAAAUACAAGGUAUAAGAGUUCUCAGAAGGCCACAGACUGGUCAACAGUAAAGAAGCCAAUUUACUUAAGUAAACUAGGCAACAACUUUGCAGAAUGGUCAGCAUCUUGGGCAGGUUAUCUUAUAACAAAGGUGCGGCAUGACCUUGCUAGUAAAGUGUUUAACUGCUGUGGUAUUAUGAUGAAACAUGACUUCAAGGUGACCAUCUAUCUUCUUCCACAUAUUCUUGUCUAUGCUUUGCUGGGAUGUACCGAAGAAGAUCAGAAAGAGGUGUAUGCAGAGAUUAUGGCAGUUCUAAAGCAUGAUGAUCAGAAUAGUAUAAGACUACAAGACAGUGCAUCUGAUUUGAGUCAGCUAAGUAUGCAGACUGUGUUUUCCAUGAUUGAUCAUCUCACACAAUGGGCUAGGCACAAAUUUCAAGCACUAAAUGCUGCAGAAAUUCAGUCUAGCAAAUCAAACAGAGAGAAAGUAGAGUCAAAGGCGUCUGCUGGGGACUAUGAAAACUAUCAGAGCGUGGCAUGUUUUCUUGAUCUUAUACCUCAGGACACACUAGCAGUGGCUUCCUUUCGAUCUAAAGCAUAUACAAGAGCGGUGAUGCACUUUGAAUCAUUCAUUACAGAAAAAAAACAAAAUAUUCAAGAGCAUCUUGGAUUUCUACAGAAAUUAUAUGCUGCAAUGCACGAACCAGAUGGGGUGGCUGGCGUAAGUGCAAUUCGGAAAGCAGAACCAUCUCUGAAAGAGCAGAUCCUCGAACAUGAAAGCAUUGGCUUACUGCGGGAUGCCACAGCCUGUUAUGACAGGGCCAUUCAACUAGAACCUGACCAGAUCAUUCAUUAUCAUGGUGUAGUGAAGUCCAUGUUAGGCCUUGGUCAGUUGUCCACUGUAAUCACUCAGGUGAAUGGCGUGCAUGCUAACAGGUCUGAAUGGACAGAUGAAUUAAACACAUACAGAGUGGAGGCAGCUUGGAAACUGUCACAGUGGGAUUUAGUGGAAAACUAUUUGGCAGCAGAUGGGAAGUCAACAACAUGGAGUGUGAGACUGGGACAGCUAUUGUUAUCAGCCAAAAAAAGGGAUACAACAACUUUUUAUGAGACGUUGAAACUAGUCAGAUCAGAACAAAUUGUACCUCUUUCAGCAGCAAGUUUUGAAAGAGGCUCCUACCAGCGAGGAUAUGAAUAUAUUGUUAGGUUACAUAUGCUCUGUGAAUUGGAACACAGUAUUAGACCUUUAUUUCAGCAGUCCACAGGUGACAGUAAUCAAGAAGAUUCCCUCAACUGGUUAGCUCGUCUAGAAAUGACUCAGAAUUCCUAUCGAGCCAAAGAGCCCAUCUUGGCACUCCGUCGAGCUUUAUUAAGUCUCAAAAAAAGACCAGACUAUAGCGAAAUGGUUGGAGAAUGCUGGCUGCAGAGUGCCAGAGUUGCCCGAAAGGCUGGCCAUCACCAGACAGCCUACAAUGCCCUCCUUAAUGCAGGAGAAUCACGACUUGCUGAAUUAUAUGUGGAAAGAGCAAAGUGGCUGUGGUCCAAGGGGGAUGUUCACCAGGCAUUAAUUGUUCUUCAGAAAGGGGUUGAGUUAUGUUUUCCUGAGAAUGAAGCUCCCACUGACAGCAAGAAUAAGUUAAUCCAUGGUCGAGCUAUGCUACUUGUGGGUCGGUUUAUGGAAGAAACAGCUAACUCUGAAAGCAACGCAAUUAUGAAAAAAUAUAAGGAUGUAACAUUAUUCUUGCCAGAAUGGGAGGAUGGACACUUUUAUCUUGCCAAAUACUAUGACAAAUUGAUGCCCAUGGUCACCGACAACAAAAUGGAGAAGCAAGGAGACUUGAUAAGAUAUAUCGUUCUUCACUUUGGAAGGUCUCUGCAAUAUGGUAACCAAUUCAUAUAUCAAUCAAUGCCUAGGAUGUUAUCACUGUGGCUUGAUUUUGGUGCCAAAGCAUAUGAAUGGGAAAAAGCUGCUCGUUCUGAUCGUUUACAGAUGAGAAAUGAUUUAGCCAAAAUAAACAAGGUGAUCACAGAGCACACAAAUUAUUUGGCACCUUACCAGUUUCUAACAGCUUUUUCACAGUUGAUCUCCCGAAUCUGUCAUUCUCAUGAUGAGGUCUUUGUUGUUUUGAUGGAAAUUAUUGUCAAAGUCUUUAUAACCUAUCCUCAGCAAGCAAUGUGGAUGAUGACUGCCGUAUCCAAGUCCUCUUAUCCCAUGCGUGUGAACAGAUGCAAGGAAAUUUUAAAUAAAGCUAUUCAAAUGAAGAAAUCUUUAGGAAAGUUCAUCGGUGACGCAACUCGCCUAACAGAUAAACUUCUAGAAUUGUGCAAUAGAUCGGUUGAUGGAGGUAGUAGUUCUACUUUAAGCAUGAAUGUUCAUUUCAAAACCCUUAAAAGACUGGUAGAAGAACCAACAUUUAGUGAAAUACUAAUUCCCUUACAAUCUGUAAUGAUACCAACUCUUCCAUCAACUCCUGGCACUCAUGUUAACCACGACCCAUUUCCUGGACAUUGGGCCUAUAUUUCAGGCUUUGAUGAUAUGGUAGAAAUUCUUCCAUCACUUCAGAAACCAAAAAAAAUCUCUUUAAAAGGAUCAGAUGGAAAAUUCUAUAUCAUGAUGUGUAAGCCAAAAGAUGACCUAAGAAAAGACUGUAGACUUAUGGAGUUUAAUUCCCUGAUUAAUAAGUGCUUAAGGAAAGAUGCAGAGUCUCGUAGAAGAGAGCUUCAUAUCCGAACAUAUGCAGUUAUUCCCCUAAAUGAUGAAUGUGGCAUCAUUGAAUGGGUUAACAACACUGCCGGCUUGAGACUUAUUCUUACUAAGCUGUAUAAGGAAAAAGGAGUAUACAUGACAGGAAAGGAGCUUCGCCAGUGCAUGCUGCCCAAGACAGCUGCUUUGUCUGAAAAAUUAAAAGUGUUCCGAGAAUUUUUGCUGCCACGGCACCCUUCUGUUUUCCAUGAGUGGUUUCUGAGGACAUUCCCUGAUCCAACUUCAUGGUACAGUAGCCGAUCAGCGUAUUGCCGUUCCACAGCGGUAAUGUCUAUGGUUGGUUACAUACUGGGUCUUGGAGACCGUCAUGGUGAAAACAUUCUUUUUGAUUCUUUGACUGGUGAAUGUAUACAUGUGGAUUUCAACUGUCUAUUUAAUAAGGGAGAAACUUUUGAAGUUCCAGAGAUUGUUCCGUUUCGCCUCACUCAUAACAUGGUCAAUGGAAUGGGUCCAAUGGGAACAGAAGGUCUUUUUCGAAGAGCAUGUGAAGUAACAAUGAGACUGAUGCGUGACCAAAGAGAACCUUUAAUGAGUGUCUUAAAGACUUUUAUUCAUGAUCCUCUUGUGGAGUGGAGUAAACCAGUAAAAGGGAGUUCAAAAGCACAGCCAAAUGAAACAGGGGAAGUUGUCAACGAAAAGGCCAAGACUCAUGUACUUGACAUUGAACAGCGACUGCAAGGUGUAAUCAAAGCUAGGAAUAGAGUAACAGGGCUACCUUUAUCUAUUGAAGGACAUGUGCACUACCUCAUUCAAGAAGCAACUGAUGAAAACUUGCUGUGCCAGAUGUAUCUUGGUUGGACUCCAUAUUUGUGAAAUGGAACUUUUACAACUUAAUACCUUCUGUUUUGACUCCAGAGUUGGUGUUAUUACAAUGAUUCAGUUCCAGAUUGCCACAUGCAUUCAUUACUGUUCUAGAUCAGUUGCUAUACUUUUUCCCAGAAAAUAGUAUUUCAGUUGUUAGUAGACUACAAAAAUAAAAUAUAUUCAGAUGUAAAUUUUUUAAGAAAAAUAUGUAUUACAGCCAUAUAAAUAAUAUUAUCCUGAUGUAUAUAUACU